AUGUCUUGCACAGAAAGAGAUAGGAUCCGGCUGCAUAGGAUGGUGAACAAUCCGUACCUGGCGGACGUUAAAUUUCUAGUGGGCAGCAAAAGGAAGCGCAUCUACGCCCAUCGUACGCUGUUAUCCUGUUCGAGUGAAGUGUUCAAAGCGAUGUUCGGCAAUAAGCGAUUUCUGCAGAUUCAUAAAAAUUAUCCACUGAUUGUCGUAUCGGACGUGGAACCGGACAUCUUCCUGGACGUGUUGUACUACAUAUACUGUGAUGUGUGUGAUAUUAGCAAACAGAACGUGACAUCGUUGUUCAACGCCGCGACGAAGUACCUGCUAUACGAACUGCAGUCGAGGUGUGUGAAAUUUAUGAUCGCGAAUAUGGAAGUAAGUGAAUGGAUCCAGAUAUUCUUCAACGAGUCGCGUAACCGAAGGCUACUAGAAGUUUGCGAAGACCAACUUGUGAAACGGGCAGUAGAAGUGUUUGAACAUCAUUCGUUCCUUCAGUUAACGAGUUCGCAAGUAAAGGAAAUUAUGCAUCUUAAAGGACUCGAGUGUACGGAUCGACGUCUGCUGGAAGGGCUCGAUCGUUGGAUAGAGCAUCAACCAGAAUCGCAGCGGAGUGAAAUUGAUUCUUUGCGAUUGGAUUUAUCUAGGAAAAUCGAGUCUUACAACAACGUCCACGUUCGACCAUCAGAGGAAGAUCUACAGCCUCACCUUUCCGGAGUGAUCAUGGCGUCGCGCAAUUCCAUCCUCUACGGAAUGGGGAUCUACACUGGAAUCGACUGUGCGGAAAUUGAAGAAGCGGAAGUUUCCCUGCUAAUCGAGAUCGGUUGCUGCGAGAAGGACACCAUCAGGAAGUCAAUUCAGCUGAGAAUACCCGAGAGGGAAACACGGAUCACGGAGUGCUUCUUUAACCGGUUACGACUAGCGGAAGGUGAUAUGAUCAAAGUGAAGGUUCACAUAGUGGGAAUGCCGUCGAAGUUGCGCAAAGCUUGGUGCGCUGACAGCCGUGAUAGGACGUUUAUCGUUAACAAAGAUGAGCUGAAGAUAGUUAGUAGUGAUAAUGCACGUUUUGUAACACCCGUCGCUUAUUUGAUAUAUGAUCCAGUAGAACAGUGAAUGAAUAUAAAGUUUAAUAAAUUAUUGUUGUUGAAAAGAAAACUAGC